UUUUUAGGCCGCCAUUUUUGCAAACAAACAGCUGUCAUUACGAAAAACAUCGCCUAAAUUGACAGAACAAAUACAAACAAAAAACAUCGCAAACGAUCGUUGGAAUUUCAAUUUUGCUAUGUCCGCGCUGCAGUUUAUUAUUCGCCGCCGCCAACGCCGUUGUUAGUACGAACAAGAAUAAGGAGAAAUACAAUAAAAGGCAGAAUUUAAUUAAGCAAAAUAAAUUUAAAAAUAGUAAUUAAACGAAUUAAAAAUUAUUCUAUUUACACAAAGAAAAGUGAAAAAAUCAAAUCAGAAAAUUUUACAAAAUAGUAAAAUGUCAUUUAAAAUAUAUUUAUAAAAAUGUUUAAAAAAAGUGUCCUUGAAAUAUAAAACAAAUUAAAAAAUACAUUUUGAUAAUACAAAAAUUCCUGUGAAAUUAUUAAAAAAUAUCAAAAGAAAAGAAUUUACAUGAAAAAGUUUGGUGUAUAAGAAAUGUUUACCUAUCUAUACCUGCCAUUUUAAUGGUUUAUGAAGGCAGCCAAAGAGGUACACAAGAACAAAAACCUUUAAUUGUUAAAAAUAAGGAUACAGCACAACAUUCCUCUAAAUUUAUUGCUUUGUGUAACAGUGUAUUAUAAAAAAACAACAACUAAAAAAAGCGGCGUUUAAUUUUGUCCAAGAGAUGUGAAAAAUCUUUUCCUAAAAGCGAGUCGUCGGACGAUCUUUAAACAAACCUAUUUGUGCAAUUUUCUACACACAACAACCAUCAAAAAGUUGGUUGUUUCUUUAAUAGAAUAAAAGUUGACAAAAUAUUUACUUGCAAUUGUGUUGUAUAUACGAAUAUAAAUUUAGUGGUCUUUUAAAUUAAUUAACAAUGGCUUCUCUGUGAGAAGUUAAUGAAUUUAGCUUUUGUUUUUUUCGGAUUUUUUAUUUAUAUUUUAUUUUGUUUACAAAAGUAUUAAAUUAAAGUUUGUGAAAAGCUGAACUACAAAUCAAAAUGGAAACAAUAGAGGAGCAAUCCAAGAGUGAAAUGUCAAUUUCACCUUCUCCUUCGCCGGAAAAUUUACGCAUUUGCCUGGUUGGCGAUGUGAUAAAUGAUGCGGCGACUGUUGAAGCUGCCCAAACAUUUGGUGUUCCCAUCAUAACAUCGGAAACUGGUCUGGAACUUAUUAACGAUUAUGAUUGGCGAACGUAUUUUAUAUUAAAUGAUUUCGAGAGUCCUGUGUAUGAUGCCAUACAUAAAAGUAAACAAUGUAUAUUGGGUCCACCAGCUUUAAAACAAUCGGCCGUCAUGAAGGAUGGUCUUAUGCACAAUGCCAGACCAAUUUAUAAUUAUUCCAUGCGUGGUGUAGUUACUUGUUUCACCGGUAUACGGAAAAAAGAUGAACUGACAAAAUUAGUAAAUUUAAUACAUUCUAUGGGUGGCUGUAUACGCAAAGAUAUGAAUUCCAAAAUUACACAUUUAAUAAGUACCCACAGUGGUGGUGAUAAAUAUCAGUAUGCCAAAACAUUUCGCUUAACGGUGGUACGACCCGCCUGGGUUUAUGCUGCCUGGGAACGUAAAAAUGAUUUAGAAUUUAAGGCCACAACGGAAGAUUUUUCCAAAGAUCAUCGCUUAAAAGCCUUUGAGGGUCAGAAAAUCUGUUUCUUUGGCUUUCCCGUAGAUGAACAUCAACACAUGAUUGAUGUUUUGCAAAGUAAUGGCGGUGUGCCAGCCGUAUUAGAUGAUCCCGAGUGUUCACAUGUUGUCAUGCCUAAUACGGGUGGUUACUUUUCAGAAACUCUAUCUAAUAACACUAAUACUAACAAUAUUAAUAAUAAUUCGAAAAUUCUUACAAAUACUAAUCAAACUCCUCAAAAAACAAUUAACAAUAAUCCCUUAAUAUCUGAUAUUAAUGCAAUGGAAGUUGAUGGAGAUGAAAUAGAGCAAAAUAAAGAAAUUGAAAAGCAAAAUGAACAAACUAAAGACAAUCAGAACGACGCUGAGGAGGAUGAUGACGAUGAUGAUGAAGAUCAUUUUGAUGAAAGACUGGUAGUUGACUAUGAAAAUAAUUUGAAUCAAGAUGCUAAUGAAGACGAUUUGGUAAAUGAUUUAAUUUUACCCUAUAACGACGAGGCCUUAGAGAGUUUAUGUUUAUUAAAACCUCAUGUUAUUAAUUCCCAUGCCAGCACUCCCAAAUCAUCCAAGUCCUCGAGUAAACAAUUUAUACAACUACUUAAAGAAGUCCCUAAAACGGAUGGUAAAAUUUUAACAAAUGAAUCUACUAACGAUUUUCAACAAAAUGCCAAUAUAUCACCCAUAUAUUGUGGCCAAGUUUCCUCCUCUUCCAAUGAGCUUAAACCAGAGAACAUAGAUUUAACUAAAGUUGACGAUUGUUCUCCUUUGGAAAUGGAUACCGAUGAUUUAGAUAACGAAAUCGACUUGGAAGAUGCUCAAUCGGAUUUAAAACGAAAACGAGAGAGUUUCGAUAGUGUGUCCCUAAUGUCGAUGGAAUCUUUUGCUUUGCCCACCAGCACCAAAAAACCCAAACUAUUGCGCACUGGUUCCAUAACACGUUCCAUUAAACGUUCCAUGAGUUUUGUGGCGGUGCGCACACCCAUUGCCAAAAUGUUAAGACCAAGACGGAGUUCAGUAGCUCUCGAUUCAGCCCCUAAUGAUAAUGACAAUACUGAAGAUAAUAAUGAAAAUGCUGAUGAUUCCAUAUGUUCCAUUGCCUCGGUGGAAACCACAUUUAAUGAGUCCAUACGCAAACCUGUCAAAGAGAAAUUCCGCAGUUUAAGAAAUCGCAUAACACGCAGCAGUAGCCGCAAGGAGAAGUAUGUUCUAAAUGUGCAACACAAAUCACCAGAAAAAGAUAUUGUCGACUGUCAAAAUGACAAAGACGAUUUUAAGACACCUAAAGCACCCUCAAAAUAUGGUGCUAGUUGUUCCUCAGCACCACGUACUCUAUUAAGAUCCAGCUCUUCAGUUUCAAAAUCUUCGUCUACUUCAACUUCCAAAUUGUUUAAUAAAUCCCUUAAUUUAACCCUACAUGAUAUACCCAAUAUGCCAAGUAUUUCCUCCACCUCCUCCUCGAUUUCUAACACAUGUUCUGCAAAUCUAACAAAUGUUAGCAAAACUGUUGUUGAUGUAGCUAUUAAAUCUGUUUCUACUACUACUUCUACUACUAACACUGCUGCUUUACCCUCAAGUAACCAAUCAAUACAAAUCACAAAUCAUCAUCAAUCAAAUGUCAUUCAUAAUAUGCUAAAUGUGGACAUGAUUUGUCCAGCUGACAGCAAUAAUCAACUUGUUGCUACAGCUAUUAAUGCCCCUUGUGGUGCUCAGACUCAAACGGUGGUCGAUGAACAUGCCACACAAGCUAAACCAGAACCCAAAAAUCAUCGUACUCAUAUAUUAAAAUCUGAUUGGUUUUGGUAUACCAUACAAAAUGGCUAUGCCGAUGAAAUGGAUUAUCUGUUCGGGGAUUACCUUGAUAGUAUUGCUAAUACGCCAAAUUGUGAUCGUCGUGAUUCCUUGCCCAUCAGCUUUAAUAAACGUAAACGUAAGCGUUUCUCGCAACGCAUACAGCUGGAAGGUACACCCUUGGGUUCGGGCAAACGUCGUUCAUCCGUCUCAGAUGCUGGCCUACUAUCCGUAUCGGGUAGUUUCUUUGAUUGCACCACAAGUCCGGACAAAUUGGAGGGUGGUAAAUUGUUGACAGAGCCGGAGACAUCAGUAUGCGAACAGACACCCACAAAGAAGUCCUCAAUGCGUUUUAAUCAUUUUAUGGAUUUCUAUAGUACGGAAUCGAAUUAUGUCGGUAUAUUGGAUACAAUUGUGAAUCUCUUCAAAAAUCCCCUUGAAGAAAUUGCGGAAACCAACGAAGCCCUACUAAAUAAAUCGGAAAUUCGAGCCAUAUUUGGUAAUUUUAUACCCAUACACGAGGUACAUCAAAGUAUGCUCGAACGUUUGCGUAGCAUACACGGUAAAUGGACGGAGGAUUGUUCAAUUGGUGAUAUAAUACUGCAGCAUCGUGAUGAUUUAAUAAAAGCCUACCCACCUUAUGUGAAUUUCUUUGAACAAAUGAAAGAAACACUAUUACACUGUGAUACACAAAAUCCUCGAUUCCAUGCAUUUCUUAAGAUAAAUCAAACGAAGCCGGAAUGUGGACGACAAAGUCUGCAGGAUUUAAUGAUACGGCCGGUGCAAAGAUUGCCCAGUAUCAGUUUGUUGUUGAAUGACAUAUUAAAGCAUACGAACAAAAGUAAUCCCGACUAUGCGAGAUUGGAGGAGGCUUUAAAGGCCAUCAAAGAGGUGAUGAUGCAUAUAAAUGAGGAUAAACGGAAAACAGAAUCACGUAUGGCCAUAUUUGAUAUAUUCAAUGAUAUUGAAGGAUGUCCGGCCCAUUUGGUAUCUUCCAAUCGUAGUUUCAUAUCUCGCUGUGAAGUCACCGAAUUGACGGAUAAUCUUAGCGGGCGUGGUGAUAAUUUAAUGCUGUACUUAUUCUCCGACACCAUAGAGGUGUGUAAGAAACGUUCCAGGGGUUUUAACAGUGCCAAAUCGCCCAGUACGAAUAAAUCAUUUAAGCACAUUAAAUUAAUAUCCUUAAAUGCAAUACGUUUUGUUAUUGAUAUAACCGACAGUCCUCGUGCGUUUGCUUUACUUUGUCGCCAGGAUAAAGAUAAAUUGCAUUCAUUUACCAUAAGUGAUGAGGAGAUUGACAAAGUUGUCUACUUGAAAACGUUGUGCAAACAAAUGGCUGAAAAUGCCUGCCGUACUGAUACUGAUAAAGCUUUACUAUGUCGUACUUCUCAAGAAUUGGAAGUGGAUAUUAGUGAUGUGAACUUGAGUACGCUAUCAAAAGCCUUUAAAUUAGCGGCACGUACACGGUUAAAGGUCGGGCGCGCAUUUUCAUUCAACAAAACCCCUUCGAAAUUAAAACGCGCUGUUUCCACCAUGAUGACAUCACCAUUCGGUAGCACCAACUCUUUAACACCUGCCUCACAAUUAGCACAAAUGCGUUUGGCCAGUUGUACGAAUAUACAUGAAGUUGUUGAUGAGGAAAGUUCUGGCAUGCGCAGCAGUUCACCUUCAGCACAGUCAGAAGUAUUAGCUCCACUUUCGGUGCAGCCGACACGUAAAAAUAAAUCAUGUACAUUAAGUGGAGUGGGACGUAUUUAAAUAAAAAAUAUGGCAAAACAUCAACAACAGCAGUCAGACAUUGUCUGCAACUUAAAUACUCCUUCUAUUAUUUUCAAUUAUGUGAAAAUAAGUUACAUUUAGCAUUAUUAUAAUUAAAAAAACUAUUAUUAAAAUCAUCAUCAUGAUCAUCUCAUUGGCGUCCUAGUGUCAUUUACUGUAAGACACUUUAAACUAUAUUAAAACACAAAAUGAAGAAAGAAACUUAAACGUUUAAUAUAAACUUUAAUGUUUUAAUUUCACAAAAAAAAAAUAAAAAAGAGUACACAUUUAUAAUUAAAAUAUCUUAAUGAUAAAUAUUUAGAGUUUAGCUGAAAUUUCUUUACAAGUAUUUAAAAUACUAAAAUAUCGUAAUUUCAAUUUACGGUAAUCGUAACACAAUUCAAAAAAAAUAUAAUGAAACAAAAAAAAAAAAAACUUGCGCUUAAUGAAGGGUUUUCGCUGUCAUACAAAUAUGAUUUUACUUUUAACAAAUUUUGUAAGGACUCUUAAAUGUCUUUUAUACAUAAAUAUAUUUGAUUACUAUUAAAUCUUUAAGUGAUUUUUUGUAAUUUUAAUAUUGUUUAAGUCGCCUAUAAUUAAUAAUUGUUGUCACAACUUUUUAUUUUAAUUUAAUUCUAUGCUAUAGAAACAAAAACAAACAAACAAAAAACACUACACUCCAUAUUACAUAUUUUUAGUCUAAAAAAAACUUCUAACAUUGGAGUAAUAUCUACAUAAAGCUUAAUUUUUGUUCUUUUUUAAAUUUUUUUAAUAUAAGAUUUUUUAUAAGCAUUAAAUUCAAUUUGAUUGUGUCGAUAAGAGAUUUCCGGUUAAGCAUUAGUAGUAACAAAAUCAUAUUUUAAGUAACACUUAAAAUAUAAAGAUUUUAUUAAAUGCUAAAUCUGCUGCACGGCUAUUUACUACCUACUACUUCUCCUCUUUCUUUGUAUGUUUAAUAUUUGUAUAUAAAGUAUAUAUUUUUUUUAUUUUUUCAUUUGAUACCCUUUCAUUAACUUGCAUCUCUUAUACAUAAACAUAUUUUAUCAUUCUAAUCAUGCUUUAGAACUUAGUACAUAAUAUGAACAAUUUACUUAAACUAUACAUAUAUAAAUAUUAUUUUUUUUAUACAAAAACAAAUAAACCAUUUGAUUAUAUUUUAUAAAAAAAAACAAAUUGUGGUCAAAAUAACAUUGAGUAACUAAUUAUUGUGUGCGAGUGCUUUCCUUAUUAUAUAAUGCAACAUGUGUAAAUCUUUAACUAUAAUUUUUUAGAUAUCUCUUAAAUAAUUCCAAUGUUUAAAGGAUACAUUCAUAGGUUAUCCUUUUUCCAUUUAUAUACUUUGAGAAUUGUGUCGCUUAUUUUAUUUUAAAAUUGUAUCACAUAAGUGGCCUAAUUAACUUGUAUAGUAGUAGUACUAGUAAUUAUUCAGUAUAAACAAUAAAGAAAUCAACUAUUUUUUAUAGUUACAAUAAUAUUUA